AAUUCGCAGUCGCUGUGUGAAGAGCGUGGGCGUCCACUUGAAUCUCAGCUGAUGUCCAGGGGGCUUUCGGCCUCGCUACAAAGUUUUAUUUUUAUUUUUGAAUUUUACGUUUUUAAGUUAAAUAUACGGGGUCGCUUAGUGAAGACGAAUUUGGAAUGCUCUACAAACUUACAUGCGAUGAGAGAUGCAUUGAUCACUGGAACGCUGCCUGACUGAUGCUGAAGUUCACUGGAUUCAUACACCCACACCACACCUCUGAAGGAGGCACUGACGUAUACUGCUGCCUACUCCUCUUGAUACAGCAGCAGCUAGUGGGAUGAACUGAUACACACGAGAGGCUUCUUUGAGAUUCUGCUGUGUGACCACCCAGAAAACAUCCAGGAUGUCCAUCACAAACACGCCGACAAGUAAUGACGCCUGCCUCAGUAUUGUGCACAGCUUGAUGUGCCAUCGGCAAGGUGGCGAAAGCGAGAGCUUCUCCAAACGAGCCAUCGAAAGCCUGGUGAAGAAGCUGAAAGAAAAGAAAGAUGAACUUGACUCUUUAAUCACAGCUAUCACUACAAACGGGGCUCACCCCAGCAAGUGUGUGACAAUUCAGCGCACUCUAGAUGGCCGACUACAGGUGGCAGGCCGCAAAGGUUUCCCUCAUGUAAUCUAUGCACGGUUAUGGAGAUGGCCAGACUUGCACAAAAAUGAGCUGAAGCACGUCAAAUACUGCCAGUACGCCUUCGACCUCAAGUGUGACAACGUCUGCGUGAAUCCAUAUCACUAUGAAAGGGUGGUCUCGCCCGGCAUUGAUCUCUCAGGAUUAACACUAACCCCAGUUUCGUCCGGUUCUGGCAUGAUUGUGAAAGACGAGUAUGAGUACGACGGCCCGUCGUCCCUGCCCAGUAUGGAGGGGGGGCACUCCAUACAGACCAUCCAGCAUCCGCCCUCCUCUCGGCCCGGGCCCUCCGAGCCCUUCCCCUCCUCCGAGCCCCUGCGUGCCCUCCUGCCCCCCUCGGACGCGGCCGGCUCCGCCUCCACAUCAGCCUUUCCCGGCCUUGGUGUCGGAUCAACCCAGUCCGGUAGCCUGUUGCAGGGCUGUCGAGGAGGGGAGGGGCUGCUCGGGACGGCCGCGGCUGUGGCCCGGGCGGCGGGACGGCCCCCUCAGCAGAACGGCUUCUCCCCCUCCACGCCCGCCACCUUCCACCACAAUGCUACCUCCACCUGGGCCCGAAGCGGCAGCUUUCCCCCCAACAUGCCUCACCAUCAAAACGGACACUUGCAGCACCACCCGCCGAUGCCCCAUCCAGGACACUACUGGCCUGAACACAGUGAGCUUGCGUUCCAGCCUCCCAUUUCAAACCACCCCGCGCCGGACUACUGGUGCUCCAUAGCCUACUUCGAGAUGGACGUGCAGGUGGGCGAGACGUUCAAGGUGCCCUCCAGCUGCCCCGUCGUCACCGUGGACGGCUACGUGGACCCCUCGGGGGGCGACCGCUUCUGCCUGGGUCAGCUGAGCAACGUGCACCGCACCGAAGCCAUCGAGAGAGCCAGGUUGCACAUUGGUAAAGGCGUCCAGCUGGAGUGUAAAGGGGAGGGAGACCUGUGGGUGCGCUGCCUGAGUGACCACGCAGUGUUUGUCCAGAGCUACUACCUGGACCGGGAGGCCGGUCGAGCACCGGGAGACGCCGUGCACAAGAUCUACCCCAGUGCCUACAUCAAGGUGUUUGACCUGCGCCAGUGCCAUCGGCAGAUGCAGCAGCAGGCGGCCACAGCUCAGGCGGCAGCAGCAGCCCAGGCGGCGGCGGUGGCCGGCAACAUCCCGGGACCCGGAUCAGUAGGAGGCAUCGCCCCUGCCAUCAGUCUGUCGGCGGCGGCAGGCAUCGGCGUGGACGACCUGCGGCGCCUGUGCAUCCUGCGCAUGAGCUUCGUGAAGGGCUGGGGCCCCGACUACCCGCGCCAGAGCAUCAAGGAGACGCCCUGCUGGAUCGAGAUCCACCUGCACCGGGCACUGCAGCUGCUGGACGAGGUGCUGCACACCAUGCCCAUAGCAGACCCACAGCCCCUCGACUGAGGAGACACACGCCCACCAUUAGAACUGAACACACACACACACACACACACAACCCCAGAAUGAUCUUACAUGCAACUGCUGGGUGAUGCGUUGCUGCGACACCAUGCCUGUAGCUGUCCCCACAGCUACUUGCCUCUCAUUAAAUAGGAAUACACAUGCCAACAUACGAGCAGUCAGUCGACCAGAGUGAUCUACAUACAGCUGCUGGAUGAUGAUGAUAAUGUUGUAGCUCCAUGCCCAUCGCUGACCCACAGCCCCUGGACUUAGGAGACGACACCCAACAUAAAGAAAUACUGGAGAACCAACAAUCAGUCAUCCUGAGCGAGCCGCAUGAAACUGUUGGAUGAUGCACCGUCUCCGACCCAAAGCCCCUCUGCUGAGCAACCAUUCUCCAAAAAUACAACAAAUCAACCAACCAUCAAACCAACAGUCAGCGGGAGUGCUCUACACACAGCUGCUGGGUGGUGUUGCGUCCAUCCGCAUGCCUGUUGAUAACUCCAGCUUCGUAACUGGCACAUGCAUACUGUAUACACACACAGACAAGAGCAGAGCAGAGCAGAGAGACUCAGACAGCAGGCUUAACAACGCUAACUCCCAGCCCCUUGAUCCAGAUAAACAAACCCUUAUCAUCAGAGGGCCAUACAGCCAUCGCUGGAGGUGCAUUGAGCCUAUUGCCUAUACCAUCCUCCCCAGAAAGACUUGACUCGGUUACAAACACACACAGACAGGAGACUCGAACACUAACGCAGACAUAAAAGACUUCGAACAGAGCCAUCCAAAAGGCUUCUCUUAUCAUUAUCUUCACUGUGACGCCAGGUUAAAAAAGAGGGACUCCGACUCAGAGAAGUUGCUUCUCAACAGGCCCAGGAUCCACCAUCCUGGAGAGGGAGUAUUGAAGACCACCCUCCCCUCAACUACCACCAUCACCACACACAGAAGACCGUACUCACUACUCAGACGGGAUCCCCGCCGCAACCCUUUGAUAUAGGAAACACUGCUUCCAAGUUCUGUGUGAGCAGUGUUGUUUGAUCACCAGGAAUGGAGAGAUACAUUUUAAAGAAAGUCUUGAUAGGCAGUUUGGUUUUGUUUUUCGUUUUGUUGUUGUUUCUCUGAUAUCAUCUUUUAAGCUCACUGUGUAUCCGCUACAGAGAGCCUGCAGGACAUCAGGUAGAACAGAAGAGCAGCCAAGAUGAAGAGAUGAAAGAAAAGAGAAAAGUUUAGGGGCGUUCAUGUUCUUCAACAGUGUUCUUCUCAGUAGGUCAGGUUCACAGGCUGUUACCUUUGGGAUUGAGGUUACAAGCGGGGUUAUGAGGCCAUUUUUGGCGAGAGGAAUGUUUUGUGUGCCCUCUUUGAAACCCCCGAAGCAUCGCCUCCACUGACACGGGUGAUUUGAUUGCACAGAAGAGAUGAGGUUGAGGUAUAUUUAUAUAAAUGUGCGUGGGUGUCGUGACUCUUUUUCAUCCUUUUCUUGUGCAUAUUUUACAAAAGGUAAUUGUGAUAAUGUAUUUUAGCACCUUUUUGAUAUAAUUAUGUCUAUUCUGUACUCCUGCAAAAGAAAAUGCGCCAUUGAAUUGAAUGAGGAUCGCAUCAGUGGCGUCGGCAAACAAGUUUAAGUUGAAGUACCCACUCUAGAGAUUUUUUGUUUGUUUGGUUUUUUUUUGUUUUGUUUAGGUGGUAUAGAACAAAAAAAAACAUUAAACUGAAUUUGACAUUUUGCACUAAGCUUUCUAUUAUACAUCUACAUUUUUUAUGUAGCUAACCCACACUCACUGUAGUUCUUUUUGUGUUUUUAAUGCAUGAGAGAUUUUGCAUGCGAGUUCUGGUCCUAGAAUGUCCUACUGAUUCCAAGGGCUAGCCAUGGACAAAUUAUUAACUUUUAACGGAAUGCUCUUCAGAAUGUUGGGUCCCUGAAACCCAGAAGAGUGACUCCCAGACACUAUUAGAUUUCUGCAGCCUUUGCAGGUCCCUGAAACGAUUGGCCACAGACACUGUUAAAAAAAAAAUCCCCACCAGGUGAACGGCUAGCUUCACUUUGUUGGUAUAUCAGUGUUGUCAGCAUCUUUUUGAUUCUAUUGGUUCCUAUUUCCCCUCCAUGUUGUGCAAAAGGCUGGAGAUGAUUGGAUCGCCCACCUGCUCUGUUCAGGAAGAUUUUCUACAGCCAUACUGUCACAUUUUUAUUUUAAGGGCCUGUUUCAGCUGUGAGUGUGAGUUUGUGUGAUUUUUUUUUGCUGUUUUUAUAAGUUCUUAAUUUUGAAAGAAAAAGAGAGGUUUGAAACAGAGGACGGUAUUAAGAAAUCAAUGGGGGCAAACUGACGAGGAGUACAGUCCUUGUGACCGGAGGCUGAUCAGUGUGAACUUUAUUUUGUGCGAUCUACUUAAUGCCUCCGUGGAUUUAUGGAUUUUCAGCAGAUCUAGUUGGAUUGUAUAUUGUAUAAUGUAAAUUAGCAAUAUUAAAUCUUGUUUAAAUGAACCUGUAUGAGACUUGUAUUAUGUCAAGUGAGUGUUAGUAUGGUAUUUUUGCAUCAGGUGAAUUGAUUGCUACGACAGCUUUUUUGUUUUUCUCCAAAUAUUAAUAACAAAGUUCUGCCAUAGACACUGAACAUUUAGUGGGCAAUAAACAAUUAUUUCUUAA